AUGGCUAGAGAAACUGAAGCGACCCCCAAGACACCAGGAGGUGUCGCGCGAGCUGCGCCAGGGCGUGUCUCGCCAGCGCGUGUGCCCUCAUCGGGGGACACGCCGGGAGUCGUCGAAGUACCGCCCGCUCGCGAAAGGAGCGAGGCAACCGACGACAAGAUCCUCGCGGCCCUCGCCGCAGUGACCGACCGCCUGUCGAAGCUCGAGUCUUCGCAGCGCGUCCGGGACGAAGAUGAGAGGAUGCUUGGAGCUGUCGAGAGCGGCAUGUUUGCAUCCAAGCUUGGAGCGAACAUGCGUGGACGCCCCAUGACCAUCGACGCGCUUAAGUCGCUGGAGGAGAAACCAGCAGCACAUCGCGCGCGGGAGCGCUGGCCAGAAAACGGUGAGUCGAUGUUCGCCUCUCUCGCACCGCCGCGUGGACAGCCGUCAGCCCAGCAUCGCAUGCCGGAACGAUCGGCCGAGCCCAUGGUCGCGCCGCGUCAAGAAGCUAUGCCACCAGCGAUCGGACACUACGGAAUGCCGAGCGCUAGUCAGAGAAAGCUCAACAUUCGCAAGUUCGAUGGGACGGAGCUUUACAAAGGGCUUGGGAGCGGGUUCUUUGACUGGGGACGCACCUUCAUGCGCGCUGUGAGCCUCGCUGAGGCGUCUUGCGGUUUCUCCUGGACGGAGGACGUGAAGGUGGACCUACUCGGGCAUUUCUUGGCUGGUACGGCGGAGCGCUACUACCACAAACAGGUCGACACUUGGUGGGUGCAGCAGCCAAGACUCGAGCACGUCAUGGAGCAGCUGCACCUAACGUUCAAGACGACCAUCACGGCGAGUCAGGCCAUGAAGCUAUUCAUGACAAGGAAAGAAGCGAGACGCACCUGGGCUGAGCACUUUCUUUACAUGGUGGCUGUCAGCGACGCGCGCGGUGGCGCCGACUCGCUUGUGCUCGACAACAUCGUCCAUCAUGCGUCGCCAGACCUGAUGAAUGUCAUGCGCGCUAAGUACGAUCCAACGCGGUCCGACUACCUGCGCCACGCUGAGGAGUUGGCGCACUUUGCGCAGUCUAUCGAGCUCGGCAGUGGCGCGGUUGGUCGCGAGGUCGUUGCGGCGCAUGUUGAGACGAAGCGUCAAGACACGCGAACGUGUUUCCGAUGCGGGAGGACGGGGCACGUCGUUUCCGAAUGCAAGGCAAGAGUUGUGUUUGAUGAUGAAACGACAAACACGAGUGUCAGCGGCGAUAUGGUACUUGCGCUCAUGGAGAAAGGGUCAGCGGCUCGCACGAAAGAAGCCAAAAGCAAGAAGAAAAAGAAACCGCGAGGCAAAGCGGUUCGUGCGAAUAAAGUGCGAGCUGCGAACAACGCGGGCGGAUUCGUGCUAGCUGCAAAUGAUGCGAUUGGCAUCGAUCGAGGCGACUGGAUACUUGACAGUGGCGCGAGCAGGCACCUCGUGAACGAUGAGUCGCUGCUGAUCGACUCGACCGCCUGCAUCUACGAGAUCGCCAUGGCAGAUGGGGAGUCACUGCGGCUGACGCGUGUCGGGAGUGUGCGCCUUGAGGUCCUCGCGCGCGGUGUGAAGGUGACUGUGACUCUGACAGAAGUCUAUCUUGCUCUACGUCUGGCGAAGAACAUCGUCUCGUACGGGAAGCUGGAGAGCAAAGGGUUUGCCCUCGUGUACGAUGGCAACAAACGAGCGCUAGCGCGGCGCAGCGACGGUACAGUCGUGUUCGACGUAGCGAUUGACAGUAACGUGUUAUACGUUAAGACGACAGCGACACGCGAGAGGCACAGAGCUGGAGAUGCGAUCGUGGCUGCGCUCGAAGCGCGCGCGAUGGAUGGUGAUGCGGAUGACAUGCACGAAGCCUCGCUGCUGCACUGGCACCAGAGACUUGGCCACCUCGCGUUCGAUACGAUCGAGCGUAUGGCGCGAGAUCCGUCAUCGGGUAUUCGAUUGACCAGCAACAAGCGCAUGGCAUGCGUAUCAUGCCUCGAGGGCAAACAGACGCGCAACACGCAGUCACAACAAGACAGCGGCACCAACUCGCCAAUCGACAGGAUCGGCGGCGUCAUCUGCUCGGACCUUAAGGGUCCCAUGACGCCGCAGGAUCGCCUCGGCAAUCGAUAUAUGGUGAACUUUAUCGACCAUAAAUCGACCUAUUGUCGAGUAUUCCUUGCGCGCACGAAAGACGCGGCGGCGAAGCAGUUUGAAGCCUUCCUCGUCCACUUUGAGAAGCUCUUCGGCUUCAAGGUCCACGUUCUGCGGACGGACGGAGGAGGCGAGUAUGCAAACGUCGACUUGUUCUGUAAACGCACGGGUGUCGCACGCCAAGUUUCGGAAGCUCGCAACCAGGCAUCGAAUGGCAAGGCAGAGAGGAUGCACCGCACGGUGCUAAACCUCGCACGCAGCAUGAUGUUCGCGAGCGCGCUACCGUUGCAGUUCUGGGGCGACGCGGUGCAGUACGCCGUCCACAUCUUGAACCGCAGCCCGACGCGAGCCAAUGCAAAGAGAGCGUCGCCUAUCGAGGUGCUGACGGGUAAGUCGCCGGAUCUGCGCAGCGUCGUCGUCUUUGGGUCGUCGUGUAGCGUCUACCGGGACCCGCGCAAGAGCUCGCUACAGCGGCGCUCUCAGACUGGCAUCAUCGUGGGCGUCAGCGAGGAGACAAAGGGGUACAAGGUUCUUCUCCAGCGAGAGAACAAGGUGGUUGUAACACAACAUGUGAAGAAUAUCUCCACGCUCUCGGAUGCGCAGAACGCACAACUGCAGCGUGCGCUGGAAGUUGGCGAUCGAGCCGAUGGAGAGGCUGUAGUGGCGACCCGUGAUGACAAUAUACGAGCGCGAGAUUAUCGCGGUGCUCACGAGAAGAGUAAGAAGCCGUGGUCACGACAAGCGCACGGUACACGAAGCGCAUCAAAGCGCAAGCAAGCAGUUACGCGCCAGGAGGAGAGAUCUGCAAGCGACGAGGUGGUCAACGCAGCCUUCGAGCGCGACCCAUGCAACUAUGGCGAGGCCAUGCGGAGCUCUAAGCGCGCGGAGUGGCAGACGGCGAUGCAAGAAGAGAUCGCCGCUCUGGAGAGCAACGAUGUGUGGCGCGUGACGAAGCGUAGCCCGGGCGUGAACGCUCUUCACUCCAAGUGGGUCUUCAAGACCAAGACAGGGGCCGAUGGAGAGCUCGAGCGAUAUAAGGCGAGGCUUGUCGCAUGUGGCAAUGAGCAAGUGCUCGGCGUCGAUUACAACCUGGCCUUUGCCGCGGUGAUGGACAUCUCGACGGCAAAGGUAGUGCUGGCGCUCGCAGCAACCUGGGGCGUGCCGGCCAAGCAUGGAGACAUCCCGAACGCGUACGUGCGUGCCGAGAAGGAAGCACAUCUCGACAUCUGCUUGCAGGUGCCACGCGGUAUGACUGUGUCAGAGAGCACUCUGCGCAAUGUUGGCGCUAUGCAUCCAGGCGAGGUCGUCUUGGAGCUGCGGAGAAGCCUUUACGGGCUGAAGCAAGCCGGGCGCCUCUGGAGCCAGUUGCUCCAUGCGCGACUCAGCGAUGCGGGGUACGUGCGCUGCGUGUCAGACAUGUGUCUGUACCACAAGCGCGACGGCGAAGAGCUGGUCGUAGUUGGCGUCUACGUCGAUGAUUUGCUGGCGAAGGGAACGAGCGUCGCGGCAGUCGAGAGCUUCUUCGCGAGCCUGGCGUCGCUGUCAAUCAAGGAUCUCGGCCAUGUCCACAAGUUCCUGGGAAUGCGAGUGGAACUCGGGAGCGACGGCGCGUACCGCAUCGACCAGGAGGAGGCCAUCAAGGAUCUACUGCGUGCUCAUGGGAUGUGCGAUGCGAAUCCGACGAAGACGCCGAUUGGAGGUGACUGCUACGAGGUCGUAGGCGACGACGCCGCGCUUCUUGGAACAACGAGCACGGGCGGUGGUGCAACCAUCAACGCGUUCCAGUCCCUCGUCGGGAGCCUGCUGUGGGUCGCACGGUGCUCAAGGCCUGACAUUGCCUUUGCAGUGCAUAAAGCAACUAGGCAGACACAUGCGCCGCGGGUACUCGACUGGAAGCUCGCCAAGCGUGUUGCUCGGUACCUAAAGGGGACAGCGAUGCUCAAGCUCGAGAUGGCGCCAGAGCGAACGAGCCGAGACGCGCUGCGUCUCGAAGCCUAUAGCGAUGCCGACUUCGCGGCUGACAAAGCGGACCGGAAGUCACUAACUGGAGGCGUCGUGCUUCUAAAUGGGAUGGCGGUGUCAUGGACCGCGAAGAAACAGGGCGGAGUGAGUCUCUCGACGAUGGAGGCCGAAUUCGUCGCGGCGUCGGAGGUUGCGCGCGAGCUCAUUGGCUUGCACCAGAUGCUCGGAGAAGUGGGCAUGGCGCCGGUUGUCCCUAUGCUGAUGCACGUGGACAAUCAGGCAGCCAUCAGUCAGAUCGAAGGCGAAGCCUCGUCGAUCAAGGCCAAGCACAUCGACGUGCGGCACAAGUAUCUGCGCGACCUCGCUCGUCGUGGGAUCAUCACGGCGCAGCACGUUCGAUCCGAACUGAUGAUAGCGGAUCUGAUGACGAAGGCCGUCGAUGCAAACAAGCUGGCGGCGCUGCGUAGCCUGAUGCGGCUCGAGUAA